CCCCGUUUGCGCGCCAGUUCAAAGGUUACGGACAAAAUGGCAGAGCAUGAAUCGGGAGGAUUCAUUUUAUUUUGAGACGUCCGAGGGUUAGGAUGAACAUAAUUGUAGUGGGAACACUGAAAACGAAUUCUUGAGCUACGUAUACAAUGUAAAAUCGAAGGUCGACGAGGCCUGUCGAUAUAGCUUUAAAAGCUUUUUAAUUAUGAAAAAACUUAGAGGCUAUAGAUUUACAGGACGUAGUACGGAAAGUGUCAACUAGCGUUAGCCGCCCGCCGUUGACGCUUCGCAAACGUUAAUGUUCUGCUAACAGUGCAGUGUUCUUUUUUGCAAAAAAAGCAUUUUUGCUUCUUUCCUUGGGAGUUGUGAUGAAAUAUUACAAAAAUGCCGCCGUGCACCAACGUUUCUUGACUACUAUCCUUAACUAGCCAAGUUCACUUGGGGCUGGAGCUUAUCCCAAGUUCCUAAAUCCCGAAAUAACAGAUCAUCUUUGAAAGUAAAAAGUGGUAAAUACCCUGCAGCUCCCAACGUAGGGACUAUCCCGAGCAGUUAUCGUACAGUCAGCAGGACACCAAAUCCCCUUUGGGACACGGGUAUGCAUCUUUAAAACCCGAAGAUGAAUAGGAAGAAAGACAAAGGAUUCGAGAGUCCGCGACCAUACAAAUUGACCCACCAGGUGGUCUGCAUAAAUAACAUCAACUUUCAGAGGAAGUCCGUGAUUGGCUAUGUCGAGCUGACCAUCUUCCCCACGGUUGUGAACUUAAACCGCAUCAAACUGAGCAGUAAGCAGUGCAGGAUAUAUCGGGUUCGUGUCAACGACUUGGAGGCACCGUUCAUUUACAACGACCCCACCCUGGAAGUCUGUCACCAUGAGUCCAAACAGAGGAACCUGAAUUACUUCUCCAGCGCUUAUACGGCGGCAGUGAGUGCCGUGGAUCCCGAUGCUGGCAACGGGGAGCUAUGCAUUAAGGUCCCCUCGGAGCUCUGGAAGCAGGGGGACGAGCUGAAGGUCCUGAAGGUGUACAUCGAGUUCUCCCUGGACCAGCCCAAAGGAGGCCUGCACUUCGUGGUGCCCGACGUGGAGGGGAGCAUGGCUGAAAGAGGGGCCCACGUCUUCUCCUUUGGAUACCAGAACUCCACACGGUUUUGGUUUCCUUGUGUGGACUCCUACUCGGAGCUGUGUACAUGGAAGCUGGAGUUUACCGUUGACGCAUCCAUGGUGGCUGUGUCCUGUGGAGACCUGGUAGAGACCAUCUACACCCACGACAUGCGGAAGAAGACCUUCCACUACAUGCUGCCCAUCCCAACUGCCGCCCCCAACAUCUCUCUGGCUGUGGGGCCAUUUGAGAUCCUUGUAGACCCUUAUAUGCAUGAGGUUACACAUUUCUGUCUGCCUCAGCUCUUACCCUUACUGAAGCACUCCAUGUCCUAUCUUCAUGAGAUCUUCGAGUUCUACGAAGAGAUUCUCACCUGCCGCUACCCGUACUCCUGUUUCAAGACCGUGUUUGUCGACGAGGCCUAUGUCCAGGUCUCCUCUUAUGCAUCCAUGAGUAUCUUCAGCACCAACCUGCUGCACAGCGCGAUGAUCAUUGACCAGACGCCCAACACCAGACGCUGCCUGGCCCAGGCUCUUGCCCACCAGUUCUUCGGCUGCUUCAUAUCCCGGAUGUCAUGGUCUGACGAGUGGGUGCUGAAGGGGAUCUCGGGCUACAUCUACGGGCUGUACCUGAAGAAGACUUUUGGCGUGAACGAGUACCGCCAUUGGAUCAAAGAGGAGCUGGACAAGAUCGUGGAGUACGAGCUGAAAAUUGGGGGCGUCUUGCUGCACCCCACGUUCGGGAGCGGCAAAGAGAAGGACAACCCGUCCCCCCAUCUGCACUUUUCCAUCAAACACCCGCACACGCUGUCUUGGGAGUACUACAAGAUGUUCCAGUGCAAGGCCCACCUGGUGAUGCGACUAAUCGAGAACCGGAUCAGCAUGGAGUUCAUGCUGCAGGUCUUUAACAAGCUGCUGAGUCUGGCCAGCACAGCCUCCUCCCAGAAGUACCAGUCCCAUAUGUGGAGUCAGAUGCUGGUGUCCACCUCUGGUUUCCUCAAGUCCAUCUCCAACGUUUCAGGCAAGGACAUCGGGCCCCUGAUCAAACAGUGGGUAGACCAGAGUGGGGUUGUGAAGUUUUUUGGUAGCUUCGCAUUUAACAGGAAGAGGAAUGUCUUGGAGCUGGAAAUACGGCAGGACUACACCUCAUCUGGCACCCAGAAAUACGUGGGCCCCAUCAAAGUGACCGUGCAGGAGCUCGACGGCUCCUUCAACCACACGCUGCAGAUAGAGGAGAACAGCCUCAAGCAUGACAUCCCCUGUCACUCAAAGAGCAGACGGAACAAGAAGAAGAAGAUUCCCCUGAUGAACGGAGAAGAAGUGGACAUGGACUUGUCUGCCAUGGAAAGGCAGGGCACUAGAGACAGGAGUAGGCCCCAAAGCGCUCUGCGUCAGCUAGGGUCAGUGUCUCCAGGCGAGCGCGCUGACUCCCCCCUGCUGUGGAUCCGGAUCGACCCGGACAUGUCCAUCCUGCGGAAGGUGGAGUUUGAGCAGGCGGACUUCAUGUGGCAGUACCAGCUGCGCUACGAACGGGACGUGGUGGCCCAGGAGGAGGCCAUAUCGGCGCUGGAGAAGUUCCCCACGCCGGCGUCGCGCCUGGCCCUCACCGACAUCCUGGAACAGGAGCAGUGCUUCUACAAAGUGCGCAUGCAGGCCUGCUUCUGCCUGGCCAAGAUCGCCAACUCGAUGAUGAGCACAUGGACGGGACCACCUGCCAUGAAGUCCCUGUUCACCAGAAUGUUCUGCUGCAAGAGCUGCCCCAACAUUGUCAAGACCAACAACUUCAUUAACUUUCAGAGCUACUUCUUGCAGAAGACCAUGCCAGUUGCAAUGGCUUUGCUCAGAGAUGUUCAGAAUCUUUGCCCAAAAGAGGUUCUGAACUUCAUCCUGGACCUCAUCAAGUACAACGACAACCGGAAGAACAAGUUCUCGGAUAACUACUACCGCGCCGAGCUGAUCGACGCCCUCACCAAUUCACUGACCCCGGCGAUCAGCAUCAGCAACGAGGUUCGCACAGUGGACAACCUGAAUGCUGACGUGCGCCUCAUCCUUGAGGAGAUCACGCGCUUCCUCAACAUGGAGAAGCUUCUGCCCAGCUUCAGGAACACCAUCACAGUCAGCUGCCUGAGAGCCAUCAGGAUGCUGCAGAAGAAUGGCCACAUCCCUAGCGACCCCUCGCUCUUCAAGUCCUACGCCGAGUACGGGCACUUUGUGGAUGUACGCGUCGCCGCCCUAGAGGCCGUAGUGGAUUACACCAGAGUGGACAGGAGCUCCGGGGAGCUGCAGUGGCUGCUGGAUAUGGUGCAGAAUGACCCUGUGCACUACGUGAGGCACAAAGUCUUGAGCUUGCUGGCUAAAAACCCGCCGUUCACCAAGGCGGCCGAAUCGUCCCUCUGCAACGAGGCGCUGGUGGACCAGCUGUGGAAGCUAAUGAACUCAGGGACCUCCCACGACUGGCGACUGCGGUGUGACGCGGUCAACCUGUACCACACGCUCUUCGGCCUGAGCAGGCCGUCCUGCCUGCCGCUGCCCGAGCUGGGCCUGGUGCUGAACCUCAAGGAGAAGAAAGCCGUGCUCAACCCCACCAUCAAGCCCGAGGCCGUGGGCCCCGGCGGGAUGACGGCCGCCACGGAGCUCAGCGGCAACGGCAGCAUCGGAACCCCUGUCACGGGCUUCCCCGGCAACCUGGAGGAGGAGCACCUUCCCAUGGACCCCCCCCCCAGCACCAUCAUUCCACCUCCCCUAAAACGGAAGGCGGACACACCCCUGGGAUCACCACCAGAACCUGGACAGUUCAGCGUCCAGGAGGAGGAAGACAUCGACAUGGACACGGUUCAUGACAGCCAGGCCUUCAUAUAUCAUCACCUCAAUAUGCUGGAGAGACCUUCCACGCCAGGUAAAGAGCCCCCAUCGGUAGAGCCGAGCAUCCUGUCCUUGCCGGCCACGCCCCUCCCGAUUUUCAGUAAAGAGUCUACCAGCUCCAAACACAGCGGCAGCGAGCACCACCACCACCACCAUCACCACCACGACCACAAGAAGAAGAAGAAGAAGCACAAGCACAAACACAAGCACAAGCACAAACACGAGAGCAAGGACAAGGACAAGGAGCGGGAACGCGAGCGGGACGCUCACGCCUUCACCAACAGCCCCGCCAGCGGCCGCUCCCUGCGCUCGCCCUCGCUCUCCGACUGAAGGAGGGGCUCGCCUCUGCCCUCAGGUACAUCACCGGGUGCUGCCCCCCCCCUGCCUCCGAGGGGGCAGCUAUCAAACGCUCGCUCUGCCCUCUCUCAGGACGCCACCAAAAUUGAAUGGAACCUCCGAUACCAGAAGGUCUGCCUUUCGUGUUCUCUGUCAGGGGCCUCCCCCCCCCCCCCCCCGGGCAGCUGGAGCUCAUGUCCCAAUUUCCUUGUCGACUGUAUGGCCCCGGGGGCGGGGGCUGGCUGCCCUUAAUGAACAAGGAGUGCUUUGGAAGUAGUUCUGUGUGAGGGAACUCUCACCGUGCAACGGCUCAGACCUUUCCUGCUGACAGCCAUGAAUCUUUCCAGUUUUUUAAUACUUACAUGUACAGUCCUGGAAGGCGAAUCGCAAGCUUCUUAGGAAAGUAGGGAAAGUAGAACAUUUUUACCUCCAUGUUUGGUUUAAUAAAAACAUGCAUCAGUCUUGCAAGGGGGGAGCUGUUGAUGUUCUUGGCCAGAAUUUCGUACGUUUUUUAAAAUGUUCCAUAGAAUGUCCUCCUUACGUUCAUGUCUUGUGAUUUUGAUAUUCAUGCAAACAUUGAGGACCUGGGGAUUUUUUUAUUUUAAUAAAGCAGGCAUCCCUUCUGUUCUAGGUUUUUGGCUGGAAUGUGACAUUAAAUCCUUAAAAUUCUGCUCCGGACAAAAGGAUUAGAGCCUGUCUUUAUUUAUGGUCAUAUUUGAUGUACGGUUGACCUUAUACCUGUUUAAUGCAUUGUGUCUUCAAUUGGUUUUAAUCUCAAAAUUAUUUUGUCAUUUUUCUUACAUUUUCUGUGUACUAUUUUCCCUCCUCCUCUCUUCAUUGUAGUUUUUAGAUUUAUUUUUUUCUUUUUUGUAUUUACAAUUUAGCAACCCCAUAUGACCACAACUGUCAGAAAUAAAAUAACCAAAUCAGCCAAAGGA